AUGGAACUGAGGUCGAGGAGGCAGUUGCGGGAAACUCGGAAGGUACCUCGGUCGAUGGAUGUCCUGAGCUCGGAUGCUCUGUUGAUGGCCCUUCAGAAGAUGGUGGCUCUGUUGAGGGAGGCUUGGAGGAAGGCUUCUCUGACGAUGGAUGCUCUGAGCUCGGAGGCUGUGAUGAUGGCUCCUCUGAGGUUGGAGGCUGAGACGAUGGCUCCUCUGAGGUUGGUGGCUCACUUGAUGGAGGUUCGGAGGAAGGCCCUUCUGACGCUGGAUGCUCUGAGCUUGGAGGCUGAGAUGAUGGCUCCUCUGAGGUUGGAGGCUCAGUUGACGGUUCCUCUGAGGUUGGUGGCUCAGAUGAUGGAGGUUUGGAGGAAGGCCCUUCUGACGCUGGAUGCUCUGAGCUCGGAGGCUGAGACGAUGGCUCCUCUGAGGUUGGUGGCUCACUUGAUGGAGGUUCGGAGGAAGGCCCUUCUGACGCUGGAUGCUCUGAGCUUGGAGGCUGAGAUGAUGGCUCCUCUGAGGUUGGAGGCUCAGUUGACGGUUCCUCUGAGGUUGGUGGCUCAGAUGAUGGAGGUUUGGAGGAAGGCCCUUCUGACGCUGGAUGCUCUGAGCUCGGAGGCUGAGACGAUGGCUCCUCUGAGGUUGGUGGCUCACUUGAUGGAGGCUCGGAGGAAGGCCCUUCUGACGCUGGAUGCUCUGAGCUUGGAGGUUGAGACGAUGGCUCUUCUGAGGUUGGAGGCUCAGUUGACGGUUCCUCUGAGGUUGGUGGCUCACUUGAUGGAGGCUCGGAGGAAGGCCCUUCUGACGCUGGAUGCUCUGAGCUCGGAGGCUGAGACGAUGGCUCCUCUGAGGUUGGUGGCUCAGAUGAUGGAGGUUCGGAGGAAGGCCCUUCUGACGCUGGAUGCUCUGAGCUCGGAGGCUGAGACGAUGGCUCCUCUGAGGUUGGUGGCUCACUUGAUGGAGGUUCGGAGGAAGGCCCUUCUGACGCUGGAUGCUCUGAGCUUGGAGGCUGAGACGAUGGCUCUUCUGAGGUUGGAGGCUCAGUUGACGGUUCCUCUGAGGUUGGUGGCUCAGAUGAUGGAGGUUCGGAGGAAGGCCCUUCUGACGCUGGAUGCUCUGAGCUCGGAGGCUGAGACGAUGGCUCCUCUGAGGUUGGCGGCUCACUUGAUGGGGGCUCGGAGGAAGGCCCUUCUGACGCUGGAUGCUCUGAGCUCGGAGGCUGAGACGAUGGCUCCUCUGAGGUUGGUGGCUCACUUGAUGGAGGCUCGGAGGAAGGCCCUUCUGACGCUGGAUGCUCUGAGCUUGGAGGCUGAGACGAUGGCUCUUCUGAGGUUGGAGGCUCAGUUGACGGUUCCUCUGAGGUUGGUGGCUCAGAUGAUGGAGGUUCGGAGGAAGGCCCUUCUGACGCUGGAUGCUCUGAGCUUGGAGGCUGAGACGAUGGCUCUUCUGAGGUUGGAGGCUCAGUUGACGGUUCCUCUGAGGUUGGUGGCUCAGAUGAUGGAGGUUCGGAGGAAGGCCCUUCUGACGCUGGAUGCUCUGAGCUCGGAGGCUGAGAUGAUGGCUCUUCUGAGGUUGGAGGCUCGGUUGACGGUUCCUCUGAGGUUGGUGGCUCAGAUGAUGGAGGUUCGGAGGAAGGCCCUUCUGACGCUGGAUGCUCUGAGCUCGGAGGCUGAGACGAUGGCUCCUCUGAGGUUGGUGGCUCACUUGAUGGAGGCUCGGAGGAAGGCCCUUCUGACGCUGGAUGCUCUGAGCUUGGAGGCUGAGACGAUGGCUCUUCUGA